AUGGCUAUCCUCGCCCUGACUUCGCUGGCUGCUCUAUGUCUAAUAGUGGUGACAGUGUUCAAGGCCGUGACUCGAGCUCACGCAUCCCCAUUGUUUAAUAUACCGAAUGCUGGGUGGGGAGCAGGCUAUUCGAGGUUGAUUUGGGCCUUCCGUCAGGAAUACCGAGGCAAUGUCACUCUCGAACUCCCAAAGUUGCACGAGACAUUGGGUCCUCUUGUUCGAAUUGGUCCCAAUGAACUAUCGUUCUACUCUAUCGAUAUUUACGACACAGUCCACAAGGUCAACAGCGGAUUUGUGAAGGAUCCCCGAAAUUAUGGUGAAUUCGUCCAAGAUGAACAUCCCGCACUCUUCUCCAUUACAGAUCCCCAAGAGCAUGCCAAAAGGCGAAGGAUCCUUGGCCAACUCUUCAGCCGCAGCAACAUUGAAAAGCUCGAGGGACUGAUGCUUCAUCACGUUCACGAUUUCAUCUCGGCAGUCGGAAAAAGAAAAGUUUCUUUCGAUAUAGGUCCUGCCUGUCGCGCCCUUGAGGCAGAUAUCAUAUCGGAAUUUUCAUUCGGCGAAGCAUUGUCGGCCGUCUCUGCCUGGUCAAAGGGGGACGAAAUUGCAUUUGUUGCAAAGAACGACGAGAAAGCGACAUUUCUGCCUCUGAUCAUGAACUUCCCGGUCUUACAUUCCAUCUGGAUGCGAGUUGAGAAUUUCCUUUGUCACAUGGAGGGAUCGCGAAUAUCCUCCAUAAAAGGGCUUCAGCAAUACAAUGAGUGGACGUACAAAGCUUGGGUCAGAAACAAAGAUCCAGCCCGAAAGUCGCAGUUUCCCAACCUCCUCAACGUCAUGGUGUCAGCCGGUGUACCAACGCAAACAGCCCUUUCAGAAGCCAAAGAGAACCUCGGACCUGGAACCGACACCACUUCUGCAUCACUCGCGCACAUUCUUUAUGCUCUUUCAUGGAACCCGACAUAUCAGGAGAAAUUGUAUCAAGACCUGGCAUGUCGCAGGUUCCCCACAGAUUUCAAUACUCUAGAAAAUAUCCCACGUUUGAGAGCUUGUGUCAAAGAAGGUAUUCGUUGGGCUGGUGCAUCCGUCGCGAUGUUGCCGCGUGUGGUUCCCCAAGGUGGCGUUGAGCUCUGCGGAAAGUUUAUUCCCGAAGGCACCAUCAUAACUUCAUCACCAGUCUGGUAUCUUCGAGACAAGUACGCGUACCCGAAUCCGGAGCUGUUCAACCCCUACCGCUGGAUAGACGAUUCUGGCUCAAACACUACGGAAGAUGUAUUACGAGACAGGUUUUACAUUCCUUUUUCGAAAGGUGCAAAUACUUGUAUUGCAAACCACUUUUCUUACCUGGAACUUUACAUUACUGUCGCAAAGUUGGUUGCAAACUUUGAACUCACCCCUGCCGAUGGACACCCCAGAUCCGCGCAGGUUACUGGACUGACUAAUGCAGACUGGCAGUCGGUGCAACUUCCUAAGAGAAAGGAGUGGGUUUCAGCUGCAGUAGCCGAACCUCUGCUGAUCAAGACUAUGCCGCGAAGACGCGUUUAGAUGAAUUGGAGUGUAGUGUUGAGAAUACUUGGGCUCCAUUUCUCCGCUGUCGCCAAUAGAUAGGA